UAAUGCUUUUCCAAAUGAGACUGUAACUCUCCCCUCCCCACUCCUAUAUAAUGUACACGCCCAACCACAUGCACUUCUCAUCGUCCUUCAGCUUGAUCAUACACUUUUAGUCAUUUUUCUCUCGUUUUGGGUUUUGGGUUUUGUGAUUUAGGUUUCUGGGUUCACAGAAAAAUCGUUUAGAAUCAAUGGAGAUUGAUCUGUCACCAAAGUUGGCCAAGAAGGUGUACGGUGGAGAUGGUGGGUCCUACUUUGCUUGGUCCCCAUCUGAGCUUCCCAUGCUCCGUGAAGGUAACAUUGGCGCUGCCAAGCUGGCUCUUGAGAAGAAUGGGUUUGCUCUCCCAAAGUACUCUGAUUCUGCCCAGGUCGCUUAUGUCCUCCAAGGUACUGGUGUAGUUGGGAUUGUCCUCCCUGAGAAGGAGGAGAAGGUUCUUCCAGUUAAGAAGGGCGAUGCUAUUGCCCUCCCAUUUGGAGUUGUUACUUGGUGGUACAACAAGGAGGACACUGAGUUUGUAGUCCUUUUCUUGGGUGAUACUUCAAAAGCCCACAAGAGGGGUGAGUUUACUGACUUUUAUUUGAAUGGCUCCAAUGGCAUUUUCACUGGCUUCUCAACUGAGUUUGUGGGUCGAGCAUGGGAUUUGGAGGAGGAUGUUGUGAAGACCCUUGUUAGCAAGCAAUCUGCCAAGGGCAUAGUUAAGGUUAGUGGAGCUAACUUGCCUGAACCAAAGAAGGAACACCGAGAUGGCAUGACAUUGAACUGUGAAGAGGCUCCUCUGGACGUUGACAUUAAGAAUGGUGGAAGAGUUGUUGUGCUGAACACUAAAAACCUUCCUUUGGUUGGUGAGGUUGGGCUUGGUGCUGACCUUGUUAGGUUGGAUGGAAGUGCUAUGUGCUCCCCUGGAUUUUCUUGUGACUCUGCCCUGCAGGUGACUUAUAUUGUUAGGGGCAGUGGCCGUGUCCAAGUUGUUGGAGUCGAUGGUAAGAGGGUCUUGGAAACAACCAUCAAAGCUGGUAAUUUGUUCAUCGUUCCAAGGUUCUUUGUUGUUUCAAAGAUAGCUGAUCCCGAAGGCUUGGAAUGGUUUUCUAUCAUCACUACUCCCAAUCCCAUAUUCACCCACUUGGCUGGAAGCAUUGGUGUUUGGAAGGCUUUGUCUCCUCAGGUGCUUGAGGCUGCCUUCAAUGUGGAUUCGGCUACAGAGAAACUUUUCCGAUCGAAGAGGACUUCUGAUGCAAUCUUCUUCCCCCCACCCAAUUAAGCUCAGUAUAGAAACUUUUCCAGUCGAAGAGUACUUCUGAUGCAAUUUUCUUGUUUAUGUUUGCUAGUUUCUUGAUCCUAAUAAUUUAAUUAGUCUGGAUUUGCUUUGGGGAUGUAAUUAAAUUUUAGACUUCUAUUAUAUGUGAUGAGUUUUGUGGUUUCCU